UUCGCAGCCAAAAAAAAAAUAAGGAGUCAUUUAUUGUUAAAUGUGGUCAAUAUGUGUGUGUAUAUAUAUAUAGCUAUCUGAUAAGCAUAAUUGUAUACUUAAGAUAUGUUUAAUGACUAAGAUUCCGCCCCUGCCCCUGCCCCUGCCUCUGCCCUUGCCCCAGCCACUGACCCAAGCUCACCUGAAGACCCCCACUAUUAGCCUCUCUCUGUCUCUAUCUGUUUCUCACUCUUUCUCGCAGUCUUCGCUAAUCAGCUGUUUAUUUAUUUAUUUCAUUAACAAUUUGCUUGAAUUAACUGCCAACAACUCGUACACAACAACAACAAUAACACAUACAAAACAACAACUACAACAUACAACACUACUCCCACUUAUAUAGUCCUCCACUUUGGCCAGCGCAAGCGCGCACGAUGAGCUUGGCAAUCUGCUCUGGCAGCAGCAGGCCAGCGAAUUCAUUGAGCAAUACCCCUGCCCGUUGCCGCCCAUACGCCACUGCCCCGCCCACACGCAUGGGCAUCGCCCUCACAGUGUGGGCGAGCUGUUGUCCACAGAGCAGCGACACCAGCGCGACUUGUUCAGCGGCGAUCUGGGCAUUCCGGAGAUCCAAACACACGUCGGCAGUAUGGUGCACACCUUCGAGACGCUGGCACUGCAGCGACGGCUAGCCGAGGCCGAGCAGCAACGAGAUCGUGAGCAGAGUAAGUAUGAGCUACGCCGGAGCGACAACAGUAUUAGCAACAGCAACAGCAACAGCAACAGCGAAAUCAAAUACAGCCAAGUGAAGCGUAGGUCGCAGGAGCUGCGGCAACGUCUGCAACAAAUGCAAAGGCAAAAGCACAAGCUUCAUCCACAGGCACUGACACAGUCACAGUCACAGCAUCAGAAUCUUCAUCCUUAUCGUCAUCAGCAUGGUCAAUGCAUACUAACCGCACAUGCACCAGGCAAGCUCAUCAGCAGCUGCAGCACCCAGAGCCUGGCCAGUCAAUUGGCUACGCUGCCACGCCCAGCACCGCCGCCCACAGGUGCACAUUCCACAGAGCAGCUGCGACAGCCAUACGACGACUAUCGCAAGAAUCUGUUUGGCACUCGUGUGUCCAGCGUGGAGGAGCUACAGGACGAGACGUACAUUGUGAAUGCGGCCUUUGACGAAAUAUUUGCACGAUAUAAUGACGAUGGCGAGGAGCUAGAGACGGAGCAGGAAGCGCGGAGCAACACUCUACAGGAGACGACACGCAGCUACACCAACACGAAUACGAUUACGAAUACAGAUGACCUAUUUGACGAUGAGCACAUGCUGGUGAGCCUUAGCGAGCUAGACGACGAUGUCUUUGCCAGUCGAGCUCAAACAGCUUCGACCACGCCCACCACAGCUUGCGCAGGCCGCACGCCCAGGCACAGUCAGAAGUAUGCUGCGCCAGCGCCACCGAUACUCCAGCAGCGGUCCAGCACUUUGACGAAUCUCUUUGAGCGCUUUAAAGGUAACUCCACAGCGGGAACAGUCAACAAAACACACUCCGAGCAGGAGUUGCAGCCUUUGCCUCCAGUCUCGACUCCCUCCAAGCUGCACAAAUACGCUGCGCAGCCAGCGCUGAAUGAGGAACCGGACUUCAAUCGUGGUUCCACGCUGAGCCAGUCGUUUGUACGCCAGCUGAAGCGGGUGUCCUACAAACAGAAGCGCGCACCACCUGCACCACCGCCAAAGCCGCGUUCCAAUGUGGCGCAUGUGACGCCACUGCGCAACGCUUUGAUCUUUCCCAAACGCUCGAAGUCCUCCAAUGAGCUGCUGCUCGACGAUCUGAAUGUGCAGGCGCGUAAGUAUUUUCGGCGGUCCGAGCACAGCGCCGCGGUCUAAGGAAUCACCUGGAGAUUGGAAAGCAAACUGCACCGCCUCUCACCUAAUUUGCUCACCUGCUAACCACAUUCAUUAUAUGUGCAUCAAAAUACCCUUUGCAAGCCAAUCGAAUUAUAAUAAAUUUUCUAUUGAUUCAAUUUUUGGUAGAGGCGACGCUUUUGUAGACUAAGUGUGCCUGCCCCUCUAAUGACCCAUGAUACCGAUAACGAUAACGAUUCAGCGUAGCUAUCCCGCCGUCGCAAACUAACAAUCGAAAGGAGGCAAAAUGUUUCUCUUAAUGAGGAACAGCUGAAACGAGCCCAAAGAGAUUUACGCCAUAAUUGGAUUGAUACUUGAUAUUUCAGCACUCUUAAAGCCAGCUAAUUGAGUAUAUUACCAUAAUAAUAAUAAGUACUUACAAUAUUUAUAAUCAUUAUUACGUUUAUGCAAA